AUGUAUACUGUCAGGAGAAUGUCUAUGCACUGUCAGGAGAAGGUCUAUACACUGUCAGGAGUAUGUCUAUACAUUGUCAGGAGAAUGUCUAUACACUGUCAGGAGAAUGUCUAUACACUGUCAGGAGAAUGUCUAUACACUGUCAGGAGAAUGUCUAUACACUGUCAGGAGAAUGUCUAUACACUGUCAGGAGAAUGUCUAUACACUGUCAGGAGAAUGUCUAUACACUGUCAGGAGAAUGUCUAUACACUGUCAGGAGAAUGUCUAUACAGUGUCAGGAGAACGUCUAUACAUUGUCAGGAGAAUGUCUAUACACUGUCAGGAGAAUGUCUAUACAUUGUCAGGAGAAUGUCUAUACACUGUCAGGAGAAUGUCUAUACACUGUCAGGAGAAUGUCUAUACACUGUCAGGAGAAUGUCUAUACACUGUCAGGAGAAUGUCUAUACAGUGUCAGGAGAACGUCUAUACAUUGUCAGGAGAAUGUCUAUACACUGUCAGGAGAAUGUCUAUACAUUGUCAGGAGUAUGUCUAUACAGUGUCAGGAGAAUGUCUAUACAUUGUCAGGAGAAUGUCUAUACACUGUCAGGAGAAUGUCUAUACACUGUCAGGAGUAUGUCUAUACACUGUCAGGAGUAUGUCUAUACACUGUCAGGAGAACGUCUAUACACUGUCAGGAGAACGUCUGUACGCUGUUACACGAACGUCUAUACACUGUCAGGAGAACGUCUAUACGCUGUCAGGAGAACGUCUAUACACUGUCAGGAGAACGUCUGUACACUGUCAGGAGAACGUCUAUACACUGUCAGGAGAACGUCUAUACACUGUCAGGAGAACGUCUAUACACUGUCAGGAGAACGUCUAUACACUGUCAGGAGAACGUCUGUACACUGUCAGGAGAACGUCUAUACACUGUCAGGAGAACGUCUAUACACUGUCAGGAGAACGUCUAUACACUGUCAGGAGAACGUCCAUACCCUGUCAGGAGAACGUCGAUGCACUGUCAGGAGAACGUCUAGACACUUGUCAGGAGAACGUCUCUACGCUGUUAGACGAACGUCUGUACACUGUUAA